ACUAAGAAAACACGCAUUUGUGCUUAUAAUAUUUAGUAAAAUUGUAGUGGAAAACUUUUGCGUGCCAGUGUCGCUGUUCUACGCGUGUGAAAGUAUACACUAAUUGCGUUUCAAAGUCAGCGAAAAUAUAUUUCCAAAAAUCUCCGCAGCAAAAAAAAAAACGCAAAGCAAGCGAGCGAAGUGCGUAAGUGUGAGUGAGUGUGCGAGUGUGUGCGUGUGUAUGUGUGUACGUGAGCGUAUGUUUGUAUGCGCGUGUAAGUGCUUGUGCAUGUGUAUUACGAGCGUUUGCAUUGGUGUGUGUGUGUGUGCGCAAAGUGUAUGCAAAAAAGAAGAAGACAAAACAGAAGAGCAUUAAAAAACGUAUUGUUGGCCACUGACAAGUUGUACGGCGCACACACAGCAACAACAACAAGAAAAACAACAACGACAACAUUUACAAAGAGUCUAAAACCUGUGCCUGUGCAAAUUAACCAAAAUAUACAGUUCCGGCUGCCUGGCCACCCACCCCGCCCCCUCUCACCCCCCACUCAUCACAUCGUUGGAGCAAGAAGAAGAAGAAGCAGAAGACCAACAAUAGCAGUCGCAUUUAGCGCCCCGCCCCGCCCGGCAGCAUCACCAGUUGGAUAUAUAUCAUCCUCCUAACCUAACUGGCCAAGUGGGAGCCACACAGCAGGCGCCCGGUUCGAGUUCCGAGUUCUGAGUUGCUUUUUGGGGAAGGACUUCUCGCGCUUCACACACAUCCUGGAUUCAUGUUGAAUUUUCAUAUCAUAGCGGGCAUAAAAAGGCUUAACACUGGACCGGAAGCGUGUUUUUAAAGGGUGAUGGCGGCCUCCACUCAAGGAGAAAUACGAGUGGGUCCCGGCCACCAGGUAAACGAUGUCUAUGCAAAACUGCCCGAUUAUAAUCCAAUCUCAAGCUUCCCCGUUGACAAGGAAACCGAUGAACGUGAAUUAGAGGAAACAAGAUGGAGUCCUGGCGUUGUGGCCGAUGGCGACUUGUUAAUGUUUCUGCGUGCGGCACGCUCCAUGGCUGCAUUUCAAGGAAUGUGUGAUGGCGGACUAGAAGACGGUUGUUUGGCUGCCAGUCGCGACGACACAACAAUUAACGCACUAGACGUGCUACACGAUUCUGGCUACGAUCCAGGCAAAGCUCUACAAGCGCUCGUAAAGUGCCCCGUUUCGAAGGGUAUUGAUAAGAAGUGGACCGAGGACGAAACGAAAAAGUUCAUCAAGGGUCUGCGCCAAUUUGGCAAGAAUUUCUUCAGGAUCCACAAGGACCUGUUGCCACACAAGGACACACCGGAGCUGGUCGAAUUCUACUAUCUGUGGAAGAAAACACCCGGCGCCAACAACAAUCGCCCGCAUCGGCGACGCAGACAGAGCGCCUUGCGUCGCAAUCGUGUCACGCGAGCCAACAACACACCUCCCAAAAAGGAGGACACCCCGGAACCACAAGCUGCGACGACGGCGACGGCGGCGGCGUCGGCUGCAGAGACGGCGAGUCGCUCAUCGCCCGCUGUCUCCAAGGAGGAGAACAGUUCUCUAACCGAGGACGACGUCAGCGAGUGUGACAGUGAUUCGAGUCUGACCAACAAAAGGGAUGAAUCACCCUCUAGGAUGAGGACGAGAAACAAACAACAGAAUAACAAUACCAACAACAACAACAACAGCAGCAGCGCCAGUGCAGCUGGUGGCGGUGGCAAUUCGGCUGCCGCUGCAGCUGCUGCCUCCGUUAACGCCACUGCCAACUCAAGCUCCUCGACGAAGGAUCAGUCCUCGGUCUCAGUGAGCAACACCAGCAACGCGGUGGCGAACGGCAAGCGACCGAAGCGCGGCUCCGAAACACCGGAUGCCGGCGCUGCUGCUGCUGCUGCAGGCGCUCCUGGCGACAGUCCCAAGACGCCCACGAAGAGUGUGGCCGAGGGAUCGGGCAACAAGCGCAAGGGUGGCAAACAGGACACGCCCAACAAGAAGAAGCGCACCGAAGCGGAGACCAACAACAGCAGCAGUGAGCAGACGAACAACAGCAGCGAGGACAUCAUCAAGGAGAAGCAACGCAAGCGUCCGGACAGCCCUGUGGAGAGCAUGAACUCCGACAGUCGUCCCGAUUCCGUUCUGGACGAUGGCGAAUCGAAUACAACGGAUACGGAUGGACGCACCGUGGAGCAGCAGUCCAGCAAGGAUAGCAAGGAGAUUAACUGCAAGGAGGAGAGCGCUGUUACGCUCACGGGCGAUCAGGACUCCAAGACGACGGACCUCAUUGAGAAAUCAAUCAAAACGGAAACGUCCUGCGCAGAAGAUAGCAAAGACACCAUUAAGAACAUGGACGAGGAGACCAACAUUCAGGCACCGAGCAGCAUACAGCCUCUCAGCCUCAAGCCCUCCCAUGUCGAUGGUCUGCUGAAGGAGAACAGCAGCACGGAGGCGCCACCACCACCAACUCCGGUGGUUGCGCCAAUUGCCAUGAAAGUGGCCACCGUGGAGGCGCUGAAUGCAUCUGUUGAUCGUGAUCGCAAGGAGACCAUUGAGAAGAUGGAAAUGUGUGAGAACGAGGUGGUAGCUGCAGCCGCCGCUGCCGCCGCAGCAGCAGCAGCACGUGAUCCCGAGCUACUCAAGAAGCUGGCCAGCAUUAAGCAAGAGGUGUCACCCCAGCAGCAGCAGCAGCUACAACAACAGCAGCAACAACAACAACAGCAGCUGGCAGCAAAUGUGCCUCCAAUUUCAGCUGGUCCUGGGCCACUGCAGGAGGCCGUUUACAUCAAGAAGGAGCCCAUGGAGGACUCGAUGGACGCAACAUGCAAUCAAAACAGCAACGAGCCGCAGGAUCUCAAGGUCAAAAUCGAAAUCAAAAACGAGGAUGUUAAGUUGAGUGCCAGCGGUGGCUUGCAGCCAGUAGUGAAUUCGGUGGCGCCGCCACCCAAUUCCCAACUGGGUGGCAUGCAUCACAGUGCUGCAGAUGGUGUUGGACCCGAGCCAAUGCAUCUGCACCAUAUGCAACAUGGACCCACGCCGCAGGCGCCAGCCGGCUAUCUAAUCGAUGGGCAGCUGAAGUAUGGACCGCCUGGACAGCCGCCACCGCAGCCUCCGCCACAGUUGCACAGUGAUCUAGGCAGCGGUGCGCCGCCGACAGUGCCACAAAAAUAUCCGGGCGACAUGGAAAUGAAGUACAACGAGGCGGCCGUCAAAUUCGAGCCGAACAGCGGCAAAUUUGCGCCACAGGAGCUGAAGUAUCCGGUGCCGCCACCGCUGGACGCCUUGAAGUACAGUCAGGAGAUGCAGGCAGCAGCAGCUGCGGCGGCAGCUGUUGGUAAAUACGACAUGAAGUAUAUGAUCGAACAGCAGGGCAAGUAUCCUGUGGAACUGGCGCCACCUAAACCCGGCUAUCAGGAGGCACUCAAGAUACCCGAUGUCAAACCGGGCUUUGCCCAUCUACCACACAACAUUGGCUCCUCGAUGGAUGGACCCGGUCCGCAUAAGUAUGCGCCGGGUGGCCAAGGACCAGGUCCACCACUAGAUCAACAGCCGCCGGGUGCGACACCGCCACCAGGCAUAGCCAUGCCCAAGCCGCAUUAUCAACACGAUGUGCAGACGCCGCCACUGGGUCGACCCUUUGAGCCCACUGGCCUCAUGCUCAAGUAUGGUGAUCCCCUGGCCGCCAAAUAUGGGCCGCAGCAGCCGCAGGAUCUCAAGUAUCCGAUGCCGCCCGUAUCCGCUGCUAGCGGUGAAAAUCUGAUCAAAUCCUCGCCGUACGGGCCGCCGCCAGAGAGUCCCAUUGAUGCGUCGGCACGCUCCACGCCCGGCCAGGAUAGUCAGGGCAGCAAUAGCAACAGCAAUUCGCAGCCACCAUCCUCGCAGCCGCAGCAGUUCCAGUCGCCACAUCCCUCGCCGCACAUGCCUUCACCAGCUGGCGGUGGCCUACCACCCGGCAUGCAUCCACAAAAUCUCAUCUCCCCGCACAGCCACGGCCCGCCACCGAAUACGAUUGCCGGUCCAGGUCCACAGCCGACCACGUCGCUGCAUCAGCCGAUUAGCAGCAUAGUGCCCGGCCAGGGACCGCCGCCCAGUCUGCAGCAUGGCAUGCCACCGGGUCCGGGUGGACCACACGCACAAAUAUCGGUCGCCUCGUCGUUGACGGGUCUCUCGUCGCUGGGCGCGCCGACGCUGUCGACUAUGGCGCCCUCGCAUCCCAUGCACCCGCACAUGCAUCCACACCAUCCGCAUCUGCAAUCGCUGCAGGCCAUGCAUCGACCGCAUCCCGACCUGCCGCCAUCCAUGCAUCCGCAUGCCCCGAUGCCGAUGUCAUUGCAGGCGCCGGGUCCGCCUCCGCCGCACAGCCACGCCCAUCCAUUGGCACCCGCCCACGCACAACAGCAGCAGCCUGGACCUGGACCUGGUCCCGCGGGCACAGUGCGCACACCAUCGCCGGCACAGCAGCAGCAGCCACCGCGUAGCCUCCACGAUCAGAUGCCCAUAUCACGGGAGCCACCCUCCUCGCAUACAUCGACGGCGCCAACGAGUGCUGGUAUGAGUAGUGGUGUUGGUGGUGGGCCAGGCCAGGGACCGGGACCAAUGCCGCAUCAGUCACCGCAUACGCAUCGCACAUCGCCGCUGCCGGGUCUGGCUCAUCCGGCUGGUCUCCUUGGCCAUCCGAUGCCCAUACACCCACACUUGGCGCACCUGCCUCCCGGUCAUCCGGCGCACGCAGCUCUGGCGCAUCCCGGCCAUCAUCUGCUCUCGCAUUCGAUAGCGGGCUUGAGUCACGGCGGCGGUCCCAUUGCGCUCCUGGCGGGUCCCGGUGGUCUGGGCGGUUUACCCGAGUCGGCGCUAAGUCGCCGGACACCGCCCAGCCAUCUGUCGCAUCCGCACGCCUCGUCAGCGCCAUCGACGCCACAUUCAGCGGCGGCCAUCUCGACGAGCAUGGCGCUGACCACCACGCCCAACACGGUGCCAUCGUCCGCCUUCAGUCGCGCCAGUCCCAGCGUGCAACUUUCGAGCGGUGCCGCUCCACCUGGUGGCCCUGGUGGCAACAGCAGCAACAGUGGCACGCCGACCAAUUCCUCGGCAGCUGCCGCCGCAGCCGCUGCCCAUCGCGCCGCCUCGCCGGCGUCCAGUGUGGGCAGCCUGAGCCGGCAGAGUCCGCUGCAUCCGGUGCCGCAGUCGCCGCUGAGUCACCAUCCCUCGUCGUCGGCACUGUCUGCCGCCGCAGCGGCCGUUGCCGAACGGGAUCGCCAUGCGCUGAUGCGUCAACAGUCGCCGCACAUGACGCCGCCGCCUGUGUCCAGCGCUUCCGGCCUGAUGGCCAGUCCGCUCAGCAAGAUGUAUGCACCGCAGCCGGGCCAACGGGGACUGGGCACAUCGCCGCCGCCUCACUUGAGGCCGGGCGCAUCGCCGCCGGUCAUACGGCAUCCACAGAUGCCGCUGCCUUUGCCACUGAUUGCUCCGGGCGGCGGCAUGGCGCAGAUUGGUGUGCAUCCCGGCCAGUCGCCAUAUCCGCAUCCGUUGCUGCAUCCGUCGGUCUUCUAUUCGCCGCACCAUCACAAUCCCUUCAACUCGCCCUACGGCUAUGCGCCCUACGGACCCGGCUUCCCUGCCUACAUGAAGCCCCCGCCCCCGGCCGGUCCACUCGAUCCCGCCGCUGUGAUGGCCGCCCACCACGGCCUGCCAGGUCCGCCGCCGCAAGUGCGUCAGGAUGAGCAGAAUGCAGCUGCUGCAGCAGCAGUGGCCGCCGAGAAGCAUCAGCAUGCGGCGGCUGCAGCAGCGGCAGCAGCUGCUGCUCAGCAACAACAACAACAGCAGCAGCAGCAACAACACAAGACGCCCCAGCAGCAACAGCAGCAGCAACAACAACAGCAGCAACAACAGCAGCAGCAGCAGCAACAACAGCAACAACAACAGCAACAACAACAACAGCAGCAGCAACAACAACAACAGCAGCAGCAGCAACAACAACAACAACAGCCUGGAGGCCCGCCACAGAACAAGCCGCCAACGCCAAAGACGCCGCAAGGACCGGGUGUUGUGGGUGUCGGCAUGGGUGGACCGGGUACGCCAACAGGAUUGCCGCCUGGUGCGUAUCCCGGCUCGCACAUGCCUGGCUACCCACCACCGCCGCAUUCCUCGCCUUUUGCGCCGCAGGAUGGACAGCCGCACGGCAUGAAGCCAACGAUCUCCCACAUGGAUGCAUUGCGGGCGCAUGCGCACUCGGCCAACUCGGCUGGCAUGGGUGGUCCCCAUCAUCCGACAGAGCCAUUGCCCAUUGAAAUUGAGCCUGAUCCGGAACCAGAGAUACCCAGCCCCACUCACAACAUACAGCGCGGUCCAAGUCCUGAGGCGAAGCCCGACGACACCGAAUGCCAUCGCUCGCAGUCGGCCAUCUUUGUGCGUCACAUCGAUCGCGGCGACUAUAAUUCGUGCACGCGAACGGAUUUGAUCUUCAAGCCGGUGACCGAUUCAAAGUUGGCGCGCAAGCGCGAGGAACGCGACCGCAAACUGGCCGAGAAGGAGCGAGAGCGACGACAGCAACAACAACAGCAGCAGCAGCAACAACAACAGCAGCAGGCAGCUGCCGCCCAACAGGCUGCGCAGCAGGCCAAGAUGAAGGCGGAUCUGAAGCCACCGUAUGCGGAUACGCCAGCGCUGCGUCAGCUGUCGGAAUAUGCGCGUCCACAUGUCGCCUUCAGGGAAUUGGAAGAGAUAAAGAACGCACAAGCGGCUGCAGCGAGUCAAUCGCGAAUAGAUCCGCAUUGGAUGGAAUACUACAGGCGUGGCAUACAUCCCUCACAGUUUCCAAUUUACGCGAAUCCGGCGAUUUCACAGAUGGAACGCGAGCGUUUGGGCAUUCCGCCACCGCACCAUGUUGGCAUGGAUCCGGGCGAGCAUAUGAUACGAUUGACGAGAGAAUAUCAUGCACACUCUCAUACUCAUUUACAUUUGCCUUUGCAUCCACAGCCGCAACCACCGGAGGCCGGUUUCCAACUGCCACCGAAUGUUGGCCAAUAUCCGCGCCCAAAUAUGCUUAUACCUAGGGAGCCGCACUCGGACGUUUUGCUGCGCAUGUCGUAUGCGGAUCAACUACAGUAUUUACAGGCCGCCGAAUUUCAACGUCAAUCGCUGCACGAUCAAUACUUCAGAAAUCAGCUACGUUAAAUGAGAGAGAGAGCCGUGUGGUAAUCAAAACUGUGCAGCUGAUAUCCAAUUAUGGACAAGGAAUCGCAUACAGAAUCAAAAGAAACGCAACAGUCGUAACAAGCAAAGAAAACAUGAUGGUCGCAAUAUUUUAAGUAUCGUCUUUAUAGUGUAUAGUGUUAAAAUUCUAAACAAAAAUUGGGAAGCGUGUUAAUUAUCGUUUAAGCUUACGAGAAUUGAUUAAGGCAAAUGGAACAAACCAACAACAACAACAACAACAAAACAAACUUAGAACACAAAUUUUUAAGGUUUUCAAUACUGCAUAAUGUGUAAAACAUUUCUGAUUGUAGCCCCACUUUGAUAAUACCUAUGACUAAAUACUAACUAAGCUCUAUUCAAAUUAAUUUAACUAGACACUUGCAAUUAGAUGAAACAACGGAGCAAAACCAAAACAAACACAAAAUAAAAAAUAAAAAAUUACAAACAAGCAUCUUUAGUAUAGUAUAUGUAUUUGAUAUUGACAUAGGUAGAGUUCGAUGCUAUCACUUCCGAGCACUUGGGAGAUGGCAACAUGUGCUUCUUGCAGACCAACCAAUGCCAGUAUAUUGAAUGUAUUGUACAAAGAAAAGGGCUUCUUCGAUAUCUAAACUGUCGCUUCCUGCAACUAUUUUGACAUCGCAUAUGCCAAGAAUAAAUGUGUAAAUGUCAUUUAAAAGUUAAUGUACUUCCAGCCACAAUUGAACUCUGUAUUUUUUAAUGAUAGUACGCUUGCAGCUUAAUUUGAUUUUAGUCUCUCGUUUUCUUGUGUCGGCUAGCUUUGCUUACUUACUACUCAUUAAUUUAUUAUUUUUUCUAUAAACUAGAGUAUUAUAU